AUGCCCUCUGUGAAAGAGGAAGGGGAAUCCAAUGGAGAUGACUUCGUCGCCUCUCCAUCUUUCAAGGGCAUUCUCAACCGUUUCAUCUAUGACUCUCCGCCUAAGAAGCCGCUAGAGGCCCUGGGGUCUCUCAAGCGAAAGCUCUCCAAUGACGAUGACGAGUGUAUAACAGCAGUCCAGGAAAUAAGACGCAUCACCCGCUCUGUCUCCCGCGCCUCCCCAAGGCCUCUUCCGUUCCCUUCCCCGCAGCGGCAAAAGAGCCAAUCUCAACCAGCCUUCCCAUCCCGUAGAAUCACCCCAAAAUCCAACCAUGCCACAUCCCCUGUAUGUAACCUCCGCGACACGAUCCCUGAAAACCUCAUUCUCCUCUUCAUAGGUGUAAACCCGGGUAUCAUGACCGGGCAAACGGGCCACGUCUACGCCCACCCUUCCAACCUAUACUGGAAACUCCUACAUUCCUCCGGCAUAACGACGCGCCGUCACCCCCCCUCAGACACCUACCGUCUACCUGAAUUAUACAGCGUCGGGAACACGAAUAUCGUCGCGAGACCGACGCGGGAUGCAAGCCAAUUAUCGAAGAAAGAGAUGGACGAGGGUGUUCCCGUGCUAGAACGGAAGAUUCGAGAGAAGAGGCCUGAGGCUGUAUGUCUCGUCGGCAAGGGGAUUUGGGAGGCGGUGUGGAGGGUGAAAAGGGGGAGGGCGAUCAGGAAGGAGGAAUUUAAGUAUGGGUGGCAGGAUGAGGGGGAGAGGAUGGGAAGGUCGCCGGGUUGGAAGGGGGCUAGGGUGUUUGUGGCGACUUCGACCAGUGGGUUGGCGGCUGGGAUGAGCAUGGCGGAGAAAGAGGCUGUUUGGAAUCAAUUGGGGGAGUGGGUUAAGAAGAGGAGGGAGGAAAGGGAAAAGGAGGGAGUUGCAAAGGUUGCGGUUCCUGCGGCCGUGGUUGAAAAUGGGGAUGGCAGUGUGGAUAGGUGA